CUCCCCCACGUGGCUAGGAGCAACUGUGUCUCGGCUGGGUCUCCGGACUCGGAGCUCGAUUCCGGAGUCGAGAUGCCGAAGGCAAAGUCGGUGACCGGCAGCCGGCGCCGGGAGCGGCGGGAGCAAACGAGUGCUGGCGGUGUCAUGUUUAAUACUGGACUUGGACAGCAUAUUUUGAAAAAUCCUCUCAUUGUUAAUAGCAUCAUUGAUAAGGCUGCCUUAAGACCAACAGAUGUGGUCCUAGAAGUUGGUCCUGGAACUGGAAAUAUGACUGUGAAACUACUAGAAAAAGCUAAAAAGGUUGUUGCCUGUGAACUUGACCCAAGGCUAGUAGCUGAACUUCACAAAAGAGUUCAGGGAACGCCCCAGGCAAGCAAACUUCAAGUAAUGGUUGGUGAUGUGUUGAAAACCGACUUGCCAUUCUUUGAUGCAUGUGUGGCAAAUUUGCCUUAUCAGAUCUCUUCCCCAUUUGUCUUCAAGCUGUUGCUGCAUAGACCUUUUUUUAGGUGUGCUAUACUUAUGUUCCAGAGAGAAUUUGCUCUCCGUUUGGUUGCAAAACCAGGAGACAAGCUAUACUGCAGACUUUCCAUUAAUACCCAGUUAUUAGCACGAGUGGAUCAUCUGAUGAAAGUUGGGAAGAAUAACUUCAGACCUCCACCAAAAGUUGAGUCAAGUGUGGUAAGGAUAGAACCUAAGAACCCACCACCACCUAUCAAUUUCCAGGAAUGGGAUGGUCUAGUGAGGAUAACGUUUGUGAGGAAAAACAAGACUCUGUCUGCCGCGUUUAAGUCGAGUUCUGUGCAGCAGCUUUUGGAAAAAAAUUACCGAAUUCACUGUUCAGUCCAUAAUAUUGCAAUACCAGAAGAUUUCAGCAUUGCAGAUAAAAUACAGAAAAUCCUAAUGGAUACAGGUUUUAGUGACAAACGGGCCCGUUCCAUGGACAUAGAUGACUUCAUUAGAUUGCUACAUGGAUUCAAUGUGGAAGGCAUCCAUUUUUCUUAGGCAGAUUAAAAAGAGGAUAUUCCAUACUUAACAAGAAACUGUAAUUUUACUUUCUUGGACUUCUGACAUAAUGAAGAAGGCGGACCUCUAUUUUUUUUAAACAAGGAUAACCACCAAACACCCUGCAGGUUUUAUGACUAAAACUUACCUUCUCAUCAUGAAAACUUUUUGGUUUUUAAAUUUUUAAAGGGCAAGUUUAUUCUGUACUUUAUAACUUUGUGUAACUUUGGGCAUGGGGUGGCCAAGUCAUUGACCCUCCAGAUCAAAUACAAUUCUUUCCAAAAGUUAAUAGCCGCAAUACACGCACAAACUUAACACAUGAACCUUUUCACUUCUAUCUGUUCCAUCUUCUGAAACAUCUUAUUUAUUGUGGUAAUUCUAUGUUUAGGGGCCUUUUCUUUUGCAUUGGGAUAGACAAGGUGUAUGUCUUUUAAAUAAAAAAUAAGCUUUUUUAUUAUUCUCUUUACCUACAGUCUUCUCCCAUUUAUCAAAUACUCAUCUCCCUUAUUCUCCUGUCAUGAACUUUUUUUUCAUUCAUUUGCAUCCUUCUUAGUUCCUUGAGCUUAGUUGCCUUUUCCAUUGAAGUGGAUAAAGCCGUAUAUUGAGAAAUAUGCAACCUGUGGGACUGAUUCUCAGUUUAUAUCCCUGAUAACAUAGUAGCUAUGUGACUUCAGGCAAGACAUGUCACCUCUGGACCUCAAAUUGCCUCACUGGUUAGAUGAGGGAAUUAAGAUUAGAUGAUUUGUAAGAUCCUUCCCAGCUAUUAAAUUUGGUGACUAACCAGGAAGUCUCAGUCACUGCACAAAAAUUAUACCCUCCAGUGAUAUGUUUAUAUGUUUUAUAUACAUGUAAAUAACAUGAAGAAAAUAAAACUACAGAUUUUUACUUGGCUUUUUAAAAAUAUUCCUGGAAAAGUAAUGUAAAAAUAUCUUAGAAGACACCUAGGAAAGACUCAACUACUUUGGUUAAAAAGGAAUUCUCUUAAGUAUUUAAGUUCAGAGGGUUAGGACUGAACCUGUGAUUUCAUUAGUAUAGGAAAGUCCUAGGUGAGAAAAGUCCCUUGCAGUUUUAGAAGAUUUACAGCAGCUAGGACCAUUAAUUUAAUGGAAAACUGCUGUAGUGGAUCAUUAUUUAUAUGACAGCACAGAAAAUAGCUAAACCUAAAAUUUAAGACUUUUUAUAUAUCUAACUUUAUGGAAUCCCAGAUUUUUUCUACUUACUUUACAUGCAGCAUAUGGAAGUUGGUCCCCUUACUUCCAAUUGUCUUGAAUAGUCAACAUCUAUGGUGUCCAGAUUAAAUUUGCUUUAUGAAGCAGUUAGUGUCUCUUGGCUAAUAUAAAUUAGCUAACUUAUAUUAGCCAAGAAACAUUAGCUAACCAAUAAAGCUAAUGUUGGCAACAUCCAUAAUUUACAGCAUUUUUUUUGAAUUGUAAAUUGCACGAAAAUAAGGGCUUUUUAUAAGCCUGUUCUCAGAAUCUUAAUGUUCAUAUGGGUAGUAGAUCCAUACUUAAACGAUAGAGCCAUGUGCCUAGUUUUCAACCUUAUUUUAAAUAUGUCAAGAGUAUCAUCCUUUAGAAUCAUACUGAACUCUUGUAAAUGUUUCUGUAAACUCAAAAUUUGCUUCAAACAAGACUCACCAGUUAGGCAAUCUAAACAUUAUCACUGUUAACUCAAGAGUACAGAGAUCUCCACAAAAAUAGUUACUGGAUUUGGGUAUACUUGAAUAGCUCUGGAAAGAAUAUUGGAUGGAGAGUCAGUCAUCCCUCACUGUCAUUAGCAGCAUUCACAUGGGCAAGCUUCUACUCCCUGUCAGCUUCAGUUCUGUGCACUAGCGUAUGGAUGCUUGAGUUUAGUUAUACCCUCCCACUCCCCCAUGGUAGCUAUGUUAUACUGCUGUGAAUUCAAGGUCCUUUAUUGGCAUGCUUAAGUUUUGAAGUGUCCAUUAGUAGAUUAGCCACCUAAUGAACCACAUUUCUUGCCUGACGUUCCCUGGUCUCAUCUCAUUCCCUGUAUAACAUGCUAUGAAGAGCUGAAUGUAUCCAUUGAGUUAACUCAGGUUAAAUUAGGUACAAUGGCCUAGAUUUUAUUAUUUCUUUACUGUUCUGAAAAUGCUUUAACAGUCUUGAUGAUGAGAAGGAAACCUGUCAUCAUAAUUGUGCCAUAGUAACAGUUUCUGUAAGUUAGGUAGCCUUAAACCUUUCCAUGCAAAAUUCUUAUCCCCACUUAAUGCGAAGCUAUAAAUGCAUUAAAUUAAAUAAAUUUGUCAGUUUUGAUUUAAAUGAA